AUGAACAUCCACACUAAACCCACCUACCAAGACCUCACUGCCAGCCUCCACAUAGCCUGCAUGCUAGGCGACGAAUCUCGUGUCAAGCACCUCCUCUCCAUCGGCGCCCACCGCAAUGCCGAAAACGACAGCGGCACAUCCGCCCUCGGACUUGCAGACUUCCUGCACCGCGUUGAAAUCGUUAAAAUACUCCUCCACGACAUCAACAUCAAAGAAGCAGGCGGGUAUGAGCUUCUCAAGGCUAUCCGCAUGGACCGCGCGACGGUUGUGCGGGCUCUGCUGGAAAUGGGGGUGAAGGAGGAACUUGUUGAAGAUGAUGGGUUCUUUCGGAGUGCGCUUGUGCUGGCGUGCUGUGUUAGUGAUACCAGGGUUUUGGGGGCGUUGGUAAAGUAUGGGCCUGGGGUUGAGGUGUCCGCUAUCAAGGAUGUUUUGAUUCAGUGUGCUGUUGCGGCAGAGAAUUUGGAGGUUGUUGAUGGGAUUCAUGAUCUUGUUAGGAAUGAGAGGGGGACUCAGACUGAAAGCUCUAUAGGAUCUACGUGCGAUCACUUUUCAAACCCGUCUGUGUCAGAGAGUGAGAUGGAGCCGUGUUAUUACAAGGAUAUGCAAGAAUGGCACCCGGCCCUUGCAGUGAGAAUGUCGAACAUUCUUGUGCAAUCUAUGAAUUGA